UUCAGUCUCCCAGAGCGCAGCAGAAGUGCGACGAGCCUCAGCCAGUCUGUACCUCUCGAAAUGGGACUAAGGGACGAACUUCUGAAGUCGAUAUGGCAUGCUUUCACCGCGUUGGACCUGGACAAAAGUGGGAAAGUGUCAAAGUCGCAGUUAAAGGUGCUUUCCCAUAGCCUGUGCACUGUGAUGAACAUUCCUCAUGAUCCAGUGGCUUUGGAGGAGCACUUUAGGGAUGACGAUGAGGGGCCAGUUUCCAAUCAGGGAUACAUGCCCUACCUGAACCGAUUCAUCCUGGACAAGGUACAGGACAACUUUGAUCGAGUGGACUUUAACAGGAUGUGCUGGACGCUGUGCGCCAGGAAAAACCUCAACAGAAAUCACCUACUCAUCUCUGAUGAUGACGCAUUUAAGAUCUGGUGUAUAUUUAACUUUCUUUCAGAGGACCGAUACCCUUUGGUCAUAGUCACAGAGGAGAUUGAGUAUUUUCUACGAAAGUUGACAGAGGCAAUGGGAGGUAGCUGGAUUGAAGAAAAGUUUGAGGACUACAAGCUGCAGCUGAACUUUAAACAGCAGUGCCUGAAUGUCUGGGAGCUGAUUGAAUUGAUCGGAAUGGGACAUUUCAGCAAAGGGAUGGACCGCCAGACCCUGUCCAUGGGCAUCAAUGAGGUUUUCCAGGAGCUCAUUCUGGAUGUGUUGAAACAGGCUUAUAUGCUGAAAAAAGGCCACAAACGAAAAAACUGGACUGAACGGUGGUUUGUCCUCCGACCCAAUUCAAUCUCAUACUAUGUGAGUGAAGAUCUGACAGAGAAAAAAGGAGACAUAUUGCUGGAUGGGAACUGCUGUGUUGAGUCAUUACCAGAUAAGGAGGGAAAGAAAUGCCUUUUCUUUGUCAAAUGCUCAGACAAAAGUUAUGAGAUCAGUGCCUCUGAUAAAAAGAAGAGACAGGAAUGGAUCCAAGCCAUUCAGACGUGUAUCUCCCUGCUAAAGAUAAGCCGCCCAGCUCCACAUCAUGAAGCACGGCAAAAACGGAGGGAGCUGCGGCAGAAGCAACAAGCUGAGCAGGAGCAGCUGGAACUUAGGAUGAAAGAACUCCAGAUAGCCAACGAGAACAAGCAGAAAGAGCUCGAGGCCAUGAGAAAGAAACUGGAGGAGGCAGCAGCCACGUCAGCUGAGGAGGAGCGUAGACGUCUGCAGACCCAGACCCAGCUGGAGGACCAUUACAAAGCUGAAAUGGAGAAAGAGAAAAUGGUGAGGCUGCAGAUGGAAGAGCAGGUGGCACAGAAGUCCAGUGAGCUUGAGCAGUAUCUGCAGCGUGUCCGAGAGCUGGAGAAUAUGUACCGUAGCCUGGAAGAAGCACUGGAAGAUGAGAGACAGGCAAGGCAGGAUGAAGAAACUGUUCGCAAACUGCAGGCCAGAUUACUGGAGGAAGAAGCAUCAAAGCGCUCGGAACUGGAGCAGAUCCACCUGCAACAGCAGCAGACUAUCUCUCAGUCAAAGGCUGAGAAGGAGGAGCUGGAGAGAGCACGGCUGGAAAAGGAGAGUGCAUUGCAGGAAGCCAUGGAGCAGCUACAGAGACUGGAGACCGAGAGAGAAAGCGCACUGGAACAGUAUGAGGAAGUAAUAAAGAAACUGAAGGAUGCUGCUAAUAACACAAAAAGCUGGAAGGACAAGGUGGCCCAUCAUGAGGGACUUAUUCGUCUUAUACAACCAGGCCCAAAAGGCCCUCAGAAGAUCACCAACUGGGGUCCUGCAGCCUUCACAGAAGCAGAACUGAGUCUGAGAGAGAAAGACUGGCAGGAAAAGAAAAACAGGCCUGCUCAGACCCAAUGAGGCAUCGUUGUUUUACUGUCUCAAUUACUGCAAAGCCUUACUGUACAUCUAACCACUACUGAAAGGGGAAACACUGGCUAAGAGGGCCACAUUUCACUCAGACUUUUGAAACACCCCGUGUGACUGCAAAGUAAAGUCUAAUUUCACUGUAUUUCUCAUCAUUCCAGUCAUACUGUAACAUUUCAUCACAUUGUGUCGCUCAUUUGAUAAAAGGGAUUUAUAUAUUUGUUUCUAUAAAGCACUGUGUUCUACAUGGACAUGUUGAUUUAGUUGUAUUUUUUGCCAAAGUGGUGACAGAUUUUGCACUGAAAUAAAUAAAAUGUCAAAGGUUGUUUAUUUUAAAAGUGGGAAAACUGUCAUUCACCAUGUAAUAUCAAAAACAUCUAAAAGUAAUAUCAUCUUUAGCCUUAUCAUUUUUUGUGACCUAAUUUAGUACUGUUAAAAUGAAAUAAGGGCAUCAUAAACAGUAAACAACAUUGAAGGUAUGAAUGAAGUACUAUGUAGAAAUAUGUUCAGUUUUUUUGUGUAGAAUAGCAUAAAAAAACACUGACUGAAAUAAAAAAUAUGAAAUUUUGUUUUUGGAAACAUGGCUACAGUAUUAAGUGGUAAGAGUAAUCCUGUUAUUCAAACUUUCAUGAGAUAUUAGUGUCUUUGUAAUUUUUGUCACAAACAGUAUUGUGCAUGUUUGUAUCAAACUAACGUAAUGUUCAGAAUUGAGACGUUUUUUUUUUCAUGAAGAUUUCAUAAAAAUAGAAUAAAAUGUUAUCCAUAUCAUUUUUAAAUGUUUGAAAUCUUUAAUUCUCAGAUGUUGUAGCUUGUAAUGUUAAUUAACAAUGUUGGUGCUUAGAAAAUUGCUACUAUUUAUUUGUUUCUUUCGCCAUCUGUUUCCUUUAACUUGUAUGUAUGGUGUAAAGCCCUAAAAUUAGCUUUUUUUCUGAUUUAUAAGCUUUGGAUUAAACAGU